AGUCUGUAAGUUAACCCGGCGAGUGCGAUCGCAGGAAAGAGUCGAGAAAAUCGUAAAGAUCGUGUAUAUCGCAUUGCGGUGCCUCAGCCUAGAUGUUAACUCUUCGGCGGAUCGGCCCCGAAUGCGAGCAACUUUUGAGAUCGGUUAACGACAGACCAUAAGAAAAAGUGAGAGACCCCAGAGACCCCGAAAAACCACUCCAAUUCUCUCCAUCCAACCCCCAUCUCCCUGUCUCUCUGCGAAAGCGGAAAGAAAGUGAAUUGAGUGGAGAUCUAGCCGGGUGAUUACUUAAUCCGCGUUCGCCUUCACGACCAGGCAUCGAACCCUGGCUCUUAAAAUCCAUAUCGAAGGCGCGAAUUAAUGGCCCCGACUUAAAGACCCCAGCCCGCCCCGUCGACCGUUGACAGUUGGGCGGUGAAAACCAAAAGUAUUUGAAUAUUAAAACUAGAUCCGAGAGAUACAAAACAUUUCCCCGAUAUUAUUUGAUAAUUUAGAAAGCUAAGCUGCAUACCAAAUAAGCUACAGAUCUGGGUAGACAAACCCUCUGAAAGACCAACAUCGGUCAGUUGGCUUUCAGUUACAGCUCCGGAUCGGAGGUUAUACCAUACCAUACCAUAACAGACUUGCUUUCCCCGGUUUUCGGUUUCGUGCAUUUGAUAGAGAUCUCCCAAAAGUGCACUUGCAACUUUUACUGGUGUCUAAGACUAGGCGUGAAAAGUACAAAUCGGUGAUAAUGUUACGCCCCACGAUCAUUGUAGUGCUGAUAUCGUUGGCCAGUGUUGAUUCCGGCCAUAAUACACCAGUUACCAAAAUACCGGUGGUUAACUCUAUCAGUAAUAUUCCACACGGCUUCCAUUUGAGCCAAAACAAUCACAUCAGCGGGAAUGCGAGUGACAGCAAUAUUAUGGCCCAUAUCGGAGGAGGAAAUGACCGUGAUAAGAGAGGCGCCCAACUGGAUCAGAGCGAGAUAGCCCGCCAGAAUCAGAUAACGCAGCAGAUAUUUGCUAACUACUUGGAGCGCCGGCUGUUUCCCAAUCGCACGGCCAACCAGAAGAUCCCCACCAUAGCGGAUAUCCUGCCCAAGCCGAAACCCUCGCCCAGACCUCGUCCUCGAGGAUUUGCGGCCAGUGGUGGGGGGAACUUCAAGAGGAGCGGUGGGGGAGCUCAGAGGAAUCGCCUGGCAGCUGCCGCCUCCAAGAGACAUGGUGGCUAUAACCGGAAGCGUCUGCGGGUGGAGGAGGAGGAGGAGGACCAGGAUCAGGAGCGGGAGCGGGAUCAGCAGCCACAGGCCAACCAGGAGGACUUCGACUACGAUGUGCAGGAAUCCCUGCAGAGCGUGGAGUCGGAGCAGCAUGACCAGUACUAUGGCAACAUAUUUAAUCGGGAUCCCAGCGAAAACGAGGUCGAUGCUGACUGCCCCAACUGCGUGGAUGAGUCCCAGUACACGCCGAACAAAUGGACGAUGCCGCUGCUGAAACUCGGGGAGAAGCGCUACUACCUCGGCAUCUUCUUCAAGGCAAACUGGUUCAAAGCCACACAAUAUUGCCGGUACCACGGCAUGCAUCUGGCCAGCAUUUCAUCACAGGAAGAGAACGAUAGACUGGAGAAGCACAUACGUGACUUUGGCCUGGGCCACGAACAUUUCUGGAUUUCCGGCACGGACCUGGCCGACGAGGGCAACUUCUUCUGGAUGGCCACCGGGCGACCCAUCACAUUCACCAACUGGAACGCCGGAGAGCCCAACAAUUUCCGGUACGAGAACGGCGAGGAGGAGAACUGCCUGGAGCUGUGGAACCGCGAUGGCAAGGGCCUCAAGUGGAACGACUCGCCCUGCAGCUUCGAGACCUACUUCGUCUGCGAGGUGCAGCCCAAUUAGGGGAUCAACGUAUCCAUGGAUAGCCCCAGAAUCCGCACUCCAUAUAGGGAUACACAUGCGAUUAAGUGAUUUACUAGCUGGGCUGAACUGUCGGUUAAUCCGGUGAAAGUGAAAGUGAAUGGGAAUGUGAAUGUCGAACACUCACAGCUGAACGAUCUAAAUUCGCGUAUUCUUAGCUUAGUUGCGUAAGUGUAAAAAAUUCUUGUUGAUAAUUAGCUAGUAAACCUAAUUAAAUUAUGCCUAGGAUUGCCUGUAUUUUCUCAUGUAAAAUAUAAAUAAAA